AUGGUCAACUCCUGCUGUGGCUGCACCUGCUGCCAGCCCUGCUGCUGUCAGCCCAGCUGCUGCCAGACCACCUGCUGCAGGACCACCUGCUGCCGCCCCAGCUGCUGUGUGUCCAGCUGCUGCCAACCCUGCUGCUGGUAUAAAAGAGCAAGUGGAACAGGGAGCCUUCCAAACUGUUCAAACACAUCUCCUUGCACACCCACCCAGAACCUCCAUCCUCUGAUACCAUGGUCAACUCCUGCUGUGGCUGCACCUGCUGCCAGCCCAGCUGCUGUCAGCCCUGCUGCCAGCCCUGCUGCCAGCCCUGCUGCUGCCAACCCUGCUGCUGUCAGCCCUGCUGCUGCCCCAGCUGCUGCCAGACCACCUGCUGCAGGACCACCUGCUGCAGGACCACCUGCUGCCAACCCAGCUGCUGCACUGAUUCCUGCUGCUGAGCACUCUGUCCUGCACCCUCCUGCCCUUCAGUAG